UUUAUUUUCCUUGGACCAUACCAUUAUCAACCAAAGGUCAAAAACCUAAAGGGAUCUCUGAAAAAAUGGGUUCGAGAGGAGCGACUGUCGUGCUAUCGAGGGCCAAUAGAAUCAAGGCCAAGCUGCAAUCGGUCCUGGAAGCAACCGCUUUGGAGAUCGACGACGUGUCGUACCAGCACUCUGGCCACGCCGCCGUCCGGGAAACCUCGGAAGGCGAGACUCACUUCAACGUGAAGAUCGUGUCCCCAAAGUUCGAAGGCCAGAGCCUCGUGAAACGGCACCGUCUGGUCUAUGAUGCGCUGGCCGACGAGCUUCAGUCUGGACUUCACGCGCUCUCCAUUGUCGCCAAGUCGCCCCAGGAAGCGGCUGCCAAAAAAUAAUAAUCCAUUGAAAGUGUAUCUGUGAGUAGUCGAUAAUGGCACUUUUUUUUUUUGUUUUUUUUUGGCUUCGAUGGAUAUGAACCUGAUAUGAGCACACAUCUUGCUGGUGCAUAUCUUGGAAAUCCCAAUUUUGGGUGAAUAAAAUUCAGCACCUUUUAGUUUUACUCCCUGGGUAAUCCUCAAUAUAUGAGUAUUUAGUAUU